AUUAUCUAUAAAAAUGAACUUCAACCAAUAAAAACGAAUUUCCGAUACUUCAAAAUGGAAGUCGUCGAGGAAAAUAAAUUUCAAAAUAUAUCUAAUGAAAUUCCCGAUUUUUUAAAGCUUAUAAAUGAAUUGAAAAUUAAAGCUAAAGAAAUAAAAGAACAAAUUUCCAUUACAACAGACAGGUUAGAUGGAAAAUCAAUAUCCGAUCAUCCCGCAAUUUCAAAUCUGGUGGAGUUAAGAGUAGUUUUGGAAAAGAUUAAACCUGUUGAACAAAAAUUAAAGUAUCAGAUUGAUAAAUUAAUAAGAGCUACAACAGUUGAAAAUAUUACAGAGAAAAAUGUUAAUUUAAUUACUCAUAAUACUGAUCCACUAUCAUUUAAGCCAAAUCCGCAAGACUUUGUAUCAAAAGUUGAUGAUGAUAAGAGCGAAAAAGUUGACAAGGUUGAGAUAUAUAAGGCGCCAAAAUUAGCGCCCAUGCAUUUCGAUGAAGGAAGUCGUUCUGCACGCGAAAAAGAACAAUCAUGCCUUAUUGCUAGAGCAUCAAAGUCACGUAUAAUGAAGGAUCUCAUCGAAGAAUAUGAUGAUAAACCGGAAGAGUUUGAUGCAAGCGGUAAUGUGCGCGCUGAAAUGAUGUAUGAUAAACGAAUAGAAGAAAAGCUCGCUGAACGUAGUCGAUAUGAAGAGGAAAAUUUUGUUAGGUUGCCGAUUCCAAAGAAUGAGCUUAAGAAAUUGAAAAAUAGUUCAAAGAAACUUGAAAAUGAUUUUGAGAAUUUGAAUGAUUUUAACAGUUUAGCAACCAUCCAAGAAGAUAUCGAUUCUCUUGAGAAACAGAGAACAAAUGUUUUAGUCAGGCGUAAUGUUCGUAAUGAAAAGUACGAAGGAUCUGAUAAUGAGGAAUUUUCAUCUAAAUCUCAAUCUCAAUCUCAUGAAGAACACGUGAGACGUAAUAAACCAGGAACAUUUAACGGUUUAUUGAAUG